AUGGCGGAAAAGACCACUCAGCGCGUGUUGUACUCCCCUCCCUGGUGGACCUUGUCCCUGUUGCUGUUCCUUUAUGUGGGGUUCUACUCCUUUGUUAACGGCUCUGUUUGGGAAGGCGUCACAGAUGAAGAAGCCAAAAAUGUGAAACACCUAACCCAUGAGGUAGAGUUACAAAUAUACAGUCAACACACACCUAAUUGCAUAGCUCUGUUUUGCAACAACAAGCAAGAGACAUGCAAAGAGGUGUAUAAAGAAUUUGUGAAAGCAGCAAAUGAGAUAGCUAGUGAUGAAGUAGUAUUUGUCUAUGUGGAUACAAUAACACUUAAAAAAACAGCUGAUAAUUUUGACAUCAAAAAAAUCCCCAAAAUUUUAACUUUUAAAGACUUCGAUCCAGAAAAAGGAUACACAUUUGGGAAAAAAUAUACAAAGGAAAAUAUCGUAGAGUGGUUUAAACUGCUUCCCAUGCCAUCUAUUGAAGUAAUGGAAAAAGAACAUGUUGAAAAAUAUGUGGAGAUGCAAAAGAAGAAAGGGUAUGCUAGUAUUAUUGCUUUUUGUAUAAAAAAUUCUGACCAUGUUCAUAAAUUUUUUCAUUUUGGAGAAACACAUUCACUUCCUAACUUAGCUGUGGGAAUGGUAUACACCGAUAUGGAGAGUGAUGUGAAAAUUGAAAUAUACAACGGACCAGGGGCUACCAUUGGAGAUGCGAACACAAAAUAUAUGGAUGCGUACAAACCGGAUAACAACGUAUGGGUGUCUAGUGACAUCCUUACCUUUGCUAGUGAGUACAUGGCUCAGUUCCCCGUGGUUAUUAAUUAUAAGAGGACCUUGUACAAAGCGAAGAAGGGCGAAAUUUAUGUUUACCUGUAUAGCCACUUUGGGUACUACUCGGACGCACUGUACGUGGAGUUGGCCCCCGUCAUACGGGCGCACCACCCACAGCUCCGGUUCGUCUUCCCCAAGAGCGACGAAGUGACCGAUUUGCUUGGCACCGAGAACAGCGGCAAUUUCAUCCUCGUGGCGGACUACAGAGACGCGACGGUGGAUGUCCUCACUGGGCUACUAAGGCCGAAAAAAUACAUCAAACAGUUGGAGAGCGAAAAAAUAAACGCGGAACAGCUCUCCCAAGCUAUCAACCAGUUUAAUCACAACGAACUUGCUCAAAUUAAAAAAUCAGAAAAGGAAGUAAAAAGAAUAGCGCAAGAAAACUAUCAAAUAGUAUGUGCAAAUAAUUUCGAUACACUUGUAUUGGACCCGGAAAAAAUUGUUUUACUUUUUUAUCAUGUCCAGGGAUGCAAAGAAUGCAAACCUCUUUUUUCUUUUUGGUCCAAUAUCUCCAACUUUUUUCACUUGGAAAAUAAAUACAAAAACGUCCUUGUCGCCACCAUGGAUGCCAAGUUGAACGACAUGACUGAUGAGUCGAUUGAUUUUUACCCCAGCGUGGUUAUUUACCCCACA